AUGAACCCUUUAACUAAAGUCAAGCUGAUCCAGGAGCUGAAUGACCGCGAGGCCCAGCUCGGCGCGGCCCCGGGGGUAUCCUGGCACUCGCAGUACAAAGACAGCGCCUGGGUCUUCCUGGGAGGCCUUCCUUACGAGCUGACGGAAGGGGACAUCAUCUGCGUGUUCUCACAAUAUGGGGAGGUCGUGAACAUCCACCUGGUGCGCGACAAGAGGACUGGGAGAUCCAAAGGAUUCUGCUUUCUCUGCUACGAAGACCAGAGGAGCACCAUUUUGGCCGUGGACAACUUGAACGGAAUCAGGAUCAAAGGGAGAACCAUCCGAGUGGAUCACGUGUCUCAUUAUCGGGCCCCUAAGGACUCAGGAGAAGCCCGUAUGUGA